AAGGAAAAAGCACCACAAGCUCUCAGUCUUGCAGCAGCAAAGCGGAGACACAGGAAUAACCAUGCCUGAGCCAGUCCCUGCAGAUAAACCGGAGGAGGGGCAUGAUGCACUCCCCGCAGACGGAGAGUCCGGGUCGACUGAGCUCAGUGGGCUCUUUGUCGAGAAGCCACCAGCAAAUAUAAGCGCUGUUGCAGGAAUGGAUGUCACUAUCAUAGCCAAGGUUGAUUCGACCACCCUGGCAAGAAAACCCACCAUGAAAUGGCUGAAGGGCAAGUGGUUGGACCUCGGGAGCAAGGCUGGAAAACAUGUGCAGUUCAAAGAAACUUACGACAGGAAUACUAAGAUCUACACCUAUGAAAUGAAGAUAAUAAAAUCAGUAACCGGAGAUUCUGGGGGCUACAGGUGUGAGGUGACGGCAAAAGACAAGUGUGACAGCUCCACCUUUGAGAUCUCUGUUGAGGCUGCACAGCAGGAGGCGCAAGCAGAUAUUUUGUCUGCCUUCAAGAGAGCGGAUGGUGGAGAGGACGACGGAAAUCUGGAUUUCAGUGCUCUGCUGAAAGCUGCGAAGAAGAAGAAGGUAAAAGAGGAACCAGAGAUCGACGUGUGGGAAUUGCUUAAGAGUGCCCAUCCGAGCGAGUACGAGAAAAUCGCCUUUGAGUAUGGCAUCACUGACCUGAGGGGCAUGCUGAAACGCCUGAAAAAGAUGAAGGUCGUCGAGCCCAAGUAUAGCGAUGCUUUCCUGAAGAGACUCGACUCUUGCUACUCGGUGGAAAAGGGCAAGAAGAUUUUCCUGAGAUGCGAGGUGGUCGAUCCUGACAUGCAGGUCAAAUGGUUGAAGAACGGCCAGGAGAUCAAACCCUCAGCCAAGUACAUCAUGGAGGCAAAUGGGAACGUCAGAACUCUCACCAUCAGUAGGGCGACCCUGGCUGAUGAUGCUGCGUAUGAGUGUGUGUUUGGAGAUGACAAGUGUUUCACCGAGGUCUUUGUCAAAGAGCCCCCUGUGACCAUCAGCAAGCUGAUGGACGACUAUCAUGUGGUUGUUGGAGAGAGAGUAGAGUUUGAGAUCGAGGUGUCGGAGGAGGGCGCCCACGUCAUGUGGUACUUUGAGGAUAUAGAGAUUCUAAAAGAGCAAGACUCCAAGUAUCGCAUUAAGAAGGAUGGAAGGAAGCACUGUCUUAUCCUCCAGGAGGCUACGCUGAAUGACAUCGGAAUGUACCAUGCUUGGACAAACGGGGGCCAUACCAAAGGAGAGCUGGAGGUGGAAGAAAAACAACUGGAGGUCUUGCAGGACAUUGCUGACCUGACAGUCAAGGCAACAGACCAGGCUUUGUUCAAGUGUGAGGUGUCUGAUGAAAAGGUCACAGGAAAGUGGUUCAAAGACGGAGUGGAGGUCUUGCCAACUGAUCGCAUCAAAAUGACUCACAUUGGAAGGUUUCAUCGGCUGAUUAUUGAUAAUGUGAAGCCAGAAGAUGCUGGAGACUACACAUUUAUUCCUGACGGAUACGCUCUCUCAAUUUCUGCCAAACUCAACUUCUUGGAAAUUAAGGUUGACUACGUGCCAAGACAAGAUCCUCCAAAGAUCCACCUGGACACCACCGGAAACAUGGUCUCACAAAACACCAUCAUUGUGGUGGCAGGCAACAAGCUGCGCCUGGAUGUGGAGAUCACAGGAGAGCCAGCACCCACCGUUGUGUGGUCGAAAGGAGAUGAACAAAUUAUAGCCACCGAAGGGCGCCUAAGGGUGGAGGCCAGGAAAGACCUGAGCUGCUUCGUCAUAGAGGGGGCAGAGAGGGAAGAUGAGGGCAACUACACGAUCUGUGUUACCAACCCUGCUGGAGAGGACAAGGCUAUGCUGUUUGUGAAGAUUGUGGAUGUGCCUGACCCCCCUCAGAAUGUGAAAUGCCUAUCAGUGGGAGAGGACUGCGCCAGCAUGGUUUGGGACGUCCCUGUAUUUGAUGGCGGUGCACCACUCAAAGGUUAUCUCAUGGAGAGGAAGAAGAAGGGCUCCUCAAGAUGGACGAAGCUCAACUUUGAUGUGUAUGAAUCGACUUCAUAUGAGGCUAAGAGGAUGAUUGAAGGUGUUAUGUAUGAGAUGAGGGUGUUUGCUAUCAACAGCAUUGGCAUGUCUCAGCCAAGUCUCACCUCCAAACCCUUCAUGCCUAUUGCCCCGACUAGCGAGCCAAUACGUCUGUCAGUGAAUGAUGUGACAGACAGCACGUGCACCCUGAAGUGGCUCGCCCCAGAGAAGAUUGGAGCUGGAGGCCUGGAUGGCUUUCUUAUUGAAUACUGCAAAGACGGAGACACUGAGUGGGUGGUGGCAAACCAGGAGCUUUGUGAAAGGCAGGGAUUUGUGGUGCGUGGCCUGCCCGUGGGAGAGAAGAUCAACUUUAGGGUGGUGGCAGUAAACAUCGCUGGACGCAGUCCUCCAGCUCUGCUGUCACAGCCCGUCACCAUCCGUGAGAUCAUGGAGUAUCCUAAGAUCCGGCUCCCUCGCGACCUGAGAACAAAGUACAUCAGGAAAGUAGGAGAAAAGAUCAACCUGACCAUCACCUUCCAGGGUAAGCCACGUCCUGUCGCAACCUGGUACAAAGAUGGUCAACCCAUCGACCCCACGAUGGUCAGCAUCCGCAACUCAAAUGUGGACACCAUCCUCUUCAUCCGCCAAGCAGAGAGAGAGCACUCUGGAACGUAUGAGCUGGUGCUGAAGAUUGAGAACAUGGAGGACAGAGCCAGCAUUGUCCUCAGGAUUGUGGAUAAACCUGGACCUCCUCAGAACCUGAAGGUGACAGACGUCUGGGGCUUCAAUGCAGCUCUGGAGUGGCAACCCCCCAAGGAUGAUGGCAACUGUGAGAUUUCUGGAUACACCAUCCAGAAGGCAGACAUGAAGACUAAGGAAUGGUUCACUGUUUACGAGCACAACAGACGGCCAAACUGCACAUCUUCAGAGCUGAUCAUGGGCAAUGAAUACAUGUUCCGUGUCUUCAGUGAAAACCUCUGCGGCCUGAGCGACGAGGCGCGCGUAAGCAAGAACACGGCCGUCAUUGCCAAGACAGCACUGGACCACAAAAAAAGCCCCUACAAGGAGAAAGAGAUAUGCUGUGUGCCCAAGUUUACUCAGCCCCUGGUUGACAGAUCCGUAGUGGCCGGUUACAGCACCGCCAUCAGCUGCGCCGUGAAAGGCUACCCCAAGCCUAAGAUUGUUUGGAUGAAGAACAAGAUGAUCCUCGGUCAGGAUCCCAAGUUCUUGAUGCGGAACUACCAGGGAGUGCUGACCCUCAACAUUCGCAAGCCAGGCACCUUCGACGCAGGGAAAUACACCUGCAUGGCUGUCAAUGAGCUGGGCAAGGACGAAGUGGAGUGCAAGCUGGACGUCCGAAUGGCCAGAGAUCCAGACAAGCAGUGAGAAAACGAACAGCAAAGAAUUUGAAAUAAUUUGAGCCAAACGGUGAAUGAGUACACACUGUCAAGGGUGAAUCUAAUAAAAUAUAGUGAUGCCUUCUAUAAAUAAUUGUUUAUUUUGAAUGUUUCAUUUUUUAUCUAUAUUCUUUUAGUCAUACAAACAUUAUACAGAGAAGCUCACAAACUUUCCACACACCCAAUCAGGAUCUAAGAUUUUAAAUACAUGGCACAUUAUUAUUAGAGAAGCACCUCUCUGUAUUUUUGGCACAUGUGUGACAGUUGUCUGCACUACACCUCCCUGGAGUAGUGCGCUCUCCUCCUAUGGAUUGGCACUCCUAUACUGAACAACAGCGCCACUGCCAGGAGACCAACAGCCAC